UAUUUCAUUUUUGCUGAGUCAGUACACGUGGAUUUCUUCCAUGAAAACAUUUAAAGUUCUCAGUAAAUACGGUGUGAAAGACACAGGUACAGUAUGAAGAUCACUCUAACAACAGAGAGAGGAAACAUAUUCCCACUAGAUGUCAGUUUGGAGUUGACGCUUGGCGACCUCAGGGCUUUAGUUGAGAUGGAAGUGGAGGGAUUAGGCAACCCUCAAUCAGUACUGCUCCUCCACAAUAUGCAGCCUAUGCAAGACAUGGACAAGGCAUUAUCAGAGUAUGGUAUACAAGAGGACGAUGUGAUCGUGAUCUUAGAGCAAGCCGAGCAUGGAGCACCACCCCCUCCUGUCCAAUCACAGCCUCCUCAAUCAGUGCUGCAGGGGCAACCCCUCCCGCCCAUCAAUUGGGGUGACAUUGCUGUCCCGAGUGCCACAUCCACUCAGGCUCAGGCUCCCGUUAACCCUGAUGAUCCUGACGUAGUUCGGCGACAACUCCGCUCCAAUCCAUACGCUUUAUCUACCCUUCAACAGCGAAACCCUCCGCUACAUCAGGCUGCCAUAAACGAAGAUCCCCGUGUCUUUCGAGAGGCCUAUCAACAGCACGUCCAAAGAGUACGCGAUGUCGAACGAGAUCGAAUCAGAAUGAUCAACGCAGAUCCCUUUGAUGUCGAUGCCCAAACACGAAUAGCUCAAGAGAUUGAACAGAAAAACAUCGAGGAGAAUAUGACAGCUGCUAUUGAGUACACACCAGAGAGUUUUAGUCGUGUUGUUAUGUUGUACGUCGGCAUCAAAGUGAACGGUGUACACGUGAAGGCAUUGGUCGAUUCCGGGGCCAGGGCUACCAUUAUGAGUGAGUGUUGUGCCGAGAGAUGUAACGUAAUGCGAUUGGUCGAUAAGAGAUUUGCAGGUGUGGCGUAUGGGGUGGGCACACAGACAAUUAUUGGCAAGGUUCAUUUGGGGCAGAUUCAGCUGGGAAAUGAUUUUCUAACCUCUUCAUUUCAAGUGUUGAAAGAUCAGUCUGAAGACAUGCUUCUAGGACUGGACAUGCUCCGAAGACAUCAGUGCUGUAUUGACCUCAAGGAUGACAUGCUCAGGGUCGGUACUACCGGAAACUCUGUACCUUUUCUGAAAGAGUCAGACUUGAAAGAGAAAGAAGAGAUAGAAAAACAACACGCUCUUGCCAGUAUGAAUGAUGAAGAUGCUUCAAUGGCUGAGGCCAUAGCCCAGUCCAAAACCGAGUCCGCUGGUCCCUCUACUUCGACUGCCUCUCAAGGACCCGCCAGUUUCCCUGAAAAAUCGAUCCAGAAAAUUGUGUCCGCCGGAUUUUCGAGGGAGGAUGCCGUACAAGCUCUGCGGGAGUUCAACGGAGAUGUUCAAAAUGCACUGAUAUCUCUAGCUGCAAAAUCACUGACCUUCUAACUAUGACUAUGAUAUAAUUAUGACUGUUAUCAAUGAUCACAAUAGUGCAGUGUGGUUCUAUUCAUUAAUUACUGCUUUUGUCAUGUGCCAUGCUCUCGAAGUAAAUUCAUUGA